UCUAAAAAUGAUAAAAACUUGGCUUUAUCAUGGAAUCUCGUAACUUCGAAGAAAAUGCAUCAGCAUAUGAUUUUGAUGAAUAUCCUGACGAUCAUGUCACCUACGAGCACGAAUGUUCCUUGAGAGAUGCCCCACCGAUAUUGUUGAGUCGCUUCAAGUCUCCCUCGAGCCUUGGUUUCAAAAUUCGCCAGUGGUUUCUCAUCGAUCGCGAUCAUCCGCAGACGAGGCGCCUGUACCGGUCCAGUUAUCUCUUCCGAACGGAACUGAACCGUCAGAUCAAAAGCAACUACUGGUACAUCAUCCACCCGUUCAGCAAGUUCCGGUUCUACUGGGACUGUUGGCUACUGGUCUACAUUUACGCGAUCCUGUUGAUCAUACCGUUGAUGGUCAGUUUUUCCACGACGUUGAUGAAAGGACGGUACCUUUACGUGGUGGCAUCGGUGGUGAAUGUAUUGGCCAGUUGUGAAAUAAUCGUAAACUGUUUGACCGGGUCCUCGAGGGAUAAGUACCAUAGACACAUCAGUUUGAAUCCCACGAAAAUCUUCCUCAACUACUUGAGAGGAUCAUUCGUGAUCGAUUUGAUUUUUGCGCUUCCGGCGGCGUUGUUGAUCAGAGCAUUCACUUUCGAAGAAGCGUGGAUCAGGAUAACUCUCGAUGCAUUGAAUAUAUUGAUCGUUCUCAAACUAGUAUCUGUACGAUUGAUUUGGCAAUAUCUCAUGAAUAUUUUUGAGCGUUACAAAUUGGAUAUGAUUCACUAUUACGUAAUUAGAUUGAUUCUUGUAUCCGGCUUAUUUGUCCAUUGGUGUAUUUGCGUUUACAAAUCUGGCGUCGUUAUGGUGGAAAACCCCGAAUACGGCAUAGAUCCACUUUGGGACGAUCAUGUGCAUUUUUUGCGUGACGUCAAUAAUAGUAUUUUGAAUCGCUACGGAAAAUGCUUCGCUACGGUUUUAUUCUAUCUGUUUGUCCUGAGCUUCGGCGAGCUGGGGAUUCCUAAAACUGUUCACGGAAAAAUUCUGGCGGCUGUUUGUAUUAUUGUUGGGAUAUGCUUCCAAAUGUAUUUAUUUCUACAAUUCUUUAAAAUUAUCGCGAUCAAAAGCUCAUCCAAAAGAAAAUAUGCCGCAGCAAUUAGUCAACUGGAGGCCUACAUGACAAUGAAACAAUUUCCUCGUGAAAUGAAAAUCCGACUGAUGUACUACUACGAGAAGAAGUUCGAAAAGUGUUACUUUGCAGAAGACAAAAUUAUUGAGACGUUUUCAGGGCCCUUGAGAAAUCAAAUCAUCGACAACCGGGCGAUACGUUUCUACGAAAAAGUUCCGAUUUUUCGUGGCAUUCCGGAACAAUUUUUGCUUCUGCUGUCACGCCACAUGGAGAAGGAAAUUUAUCUGCCGAACGAUAUGAUAAUGAAAGCAGGGACCGCUGGGAGUGCAAUGUGUUUCAUAUACAGCGGAUCGGUUGCCGUCUAUACGCAGUCGGGUAAGGAAACGGAGCAUUUGCACGAUGGGGAUCAUUUUGGCGAAAUUUCAUUAUUCCUUAAAAAUAAGCGCUUGGUCAAUGUAAUCGCGAUCGAGUUCACCCAAAUCUUCGUUUUGCGGCGCAAAGUGUUUGCCGAAUUUGUUCGACCGGAACAUGAGCUCUACCAACGGUUCGAGAAGGUGGCCAAGGAGCGGAUGCAGCAAACUCUGCUCGAGGAGGAACAGCACAAAAACCAUCUGCUGAUGGAGAAUGGGGCAAACAACGAAUGAGGAGAGAUGCGCAGAUAGGGAAGCGAAUGAAAGGUGACGACAGUCACCAACAGAACUUGCUUUGCGGCAAACGAAUGCGAUGUGGUUUAAGGAUAUGCAGUUUUUUUCAUGAAACGAAACGAUUCAAGUAAUUUCUAA